AUGAUCUCCGCUUCCUCAACGUCAUUCCUAAGUGAUAUCUACCUCAGAAUCAUCAUCUCCGGCGAAGAAGUCACCAUCAAACUCAAGUCUGUAAAAGCCAAGCACCCCCAGCUUCUCGAGUAUGAGUCAAAGGUCUACAAGACCCUCACUGAUGGUGUCAGUGUUCCCUUCGUAUGCUGGUUCGGCACUGAGUGCGACUACAAUGCCAUGGUCUUGGACCUUCUUGGACCCUCUCUAGAGGACCUUUUCAAUUUCUGCAAGUGCAAAUCCACCCUCAAGACUGUCUUGUUCCUUGCAGACCAACUUAUCUCCCAUAUCGAGUACAUCCACUCACGCAACUUCAUUCACCGGGAUAUCAAGCCAGACAACUUUCUCAUGGGCAUAGGGAAGUGUGGCAAUCAAGUCAAUGUCAUUGACUUUGGUCUUGCAAAGAAAUUUUAUGAUCCAAAGACUCACUUGCACAUUCCAUACAGGGAAAACAAGAAUUUGACUGGUGCCACUCGCUACACCUCAAUCAACACACAUUUGGGAGUUGAGCAGGCUCACCAUGAUGACCUCGAGUCUCUUGCCUACGUUCUCAUGUACUUCUUGUGCAUUGCCCUCCCUUGGCAGGGACUCAAGGCUGCAACUAAAAAGCAGAAGUACGACAGGAUCAUGGAGAAGAAGAUGACUACUCCCAUCAAUAUCCUUUGCCAUGGCUAUCCCAACGAGUUCAGCAUUUUCUUGAACUACACUUGCACACUUCGCUUUGACGACAAGCGCAAUCGUACAGAUGCCACCUUCAUCCGUUACAACUAUCUUGACUUAGCUUCCUGGACAUCGGAUACAACAACAAUGACUUAUGUAGGAAACUCUAGGAAUCAUAUUGUCUCGCAAAUAUGUCCUUUUUGGGACUUUGACCCUAAGUUGAGGGCAAAUGCUUAUAUUUUAAUCUUAAAGAUGGCUCGAGCUGGCUGA